GGGAUUCCUCAAAGAACAUAGUAUGUCCGGCCGCAAAGAAACAGUUUUAGAUCUUGCCAAGUUUGUUGAUAAGGGUGUCCAGGUCAAGCUUACUGGUGGUAGACAAGUCACAGGAACCUUGAAAGGUUAUGACCAGUUGCUGAACCUUGUCCUUGAUGAAGCUGUAGAAUUCUUGAGAGAUCCAGAUGAUCCUCUGAAGACUACUGAUCAAACUAGACGUCUUGGCCUAAUAGUAUGUAGGGGCACUGCUGUGAUGCUUGUUUCCCCAACUGAUGGCACUGAUGAAAUUGCAAACCCCUUCAUCCAAGGGGACGGGGUGUAGUUGAUGUCAUUGUAAUCCCUCAAAAGUGUUUGCUAAAUAAACAGAAAUUUAGUUUCAAAAAGCCCGAUUACCAUAGAUAGUUGCAUCCCACUCUUAGUUUUGGAACAUACGUUUGGUUUAUGGGGGACAUGAAAAUGACCGUGUGAAGUAUUCACUGUUGUGUCUGAAUGAUAGCUUGGUGUAGUAUGCUAGAGUUGUCUAUUUCUUAAUGCUUGAAAUUAUUUGAGCACUUGAUGCCAAGUUGUCUAGCUAUGUCUGUAUUAGAGAGCGUGGUUUGGCCCAAGCUUCCAGAAAUAUUGUUUGGUAGCGUCUAUCAUCCAAGGCUCAACUUGUACUUGAACUUCAUGGAAAGGAGGACUAGCAGCUAUAUAUGAAUCUACACAUGAUGACAAACCAGCCUUAUCAUUCAAGAUCAUAUUAUUUGUACUGUUC